GUUACAGGGGUGGGGCGUCCAGCGAGCGGUCUCCUCCUCCAGCCCGUGCUGCUGCGGCGUCCCGUGGCCUCCCAGAGUCGGGCGGGAGGGGAGAGCGGGCGUGGAUUUGCCUGGACGGUGAUUGUUGCGUUUCCCUGUCUCGGUUGCCUGCGCCCUGGGCGGCUGCUUCGGGAGCGUGCUCUUUCAGCGGCUACACACUCCCCGCCCGGGCUGCCCACGCUGCCCGGGCUGCGUGCGUGUGGAGUCGGACCCGCGCACACGCGUGUCUCUGGACAGCUACGGCGCCGAAAGAACUCACAUUCCAGAUGGCAAACUCUAUGAAUGGCAGAAACCCUGGUAGUCGAGGAGGAAACCCCCGAAAAGGCCGAAUUUUGGGUAUUAUUGAUGCUAUUCAGGAUGCUGUUGGACCCCCUAAGCAAGCUGCUGCAGAUCGCAGGACUGUGGAGAAAACUUGGAAACUCAUGGACAAAGUGGUAAGACUGUGCCAAAAUCCCAAGCUUCAGUUGAAAAAUAGCCCACCAUACAUACUUGAUAUUUUGCCUGAUACAUAUCAGCAUUUGCGACUUAUACUGAGUAAAUAUGAUGACAACCAGAAACUUGCCCAACUCAGUGAGAAUGAAUAUUUUAAAAUCUACAUUGAUAGUCUAAUGAAAAAGUCAAAACGGGCAAUAAGACUCUUUAAAGAAGGCAAGGAGAGGAUGUAUGAAGAACAAUCACAGGACAGACGAAAUCUCACAAAACUGUCCCUUAUCUUCAGUCACAUGCUGGCAGAAAUCAAAGCAAUCUUUCCCAAUGGUCAGUUCCAAGGAGAUAACUUUCGAAUCACAAAAGCUGAUGCUGCUGAAUUCUGGAGAAAGUUUUUUGGAGACAAAACUAUUGUACCAUGGAAAGUGUUCAGACAGUGCCUUCAUGAGGUCCAUCAAAUUAGCUCUGGCCUGGAAGCUAUGGCUCUGAAAUCAACAAUUGAUUUAACUUGUAAUGAUUACAUUUCAGUUUUUGAAUUUGAUAUUUUUACCAGGCUAUUUCAGCCUUGGGGCUCUAUUUUACGGAAUUGGAAUUUCUUAGCUGUGACGCAUCCAGGUUACAUGGCAUUCCUCACAUAUGAUGAAGUGAAAGCACGACUACAGAAAUACAGCACCAAACCUGGAAGCUACAUUUUCCGGUUAAGCUGCACUCGACUGGGACAGUGGGCUAUUGGCUACGUAACCGGGGAUGGCAAUAUCUUACAGACCAUACCUCAUAACAAGCCCUUAUUUCAAGCCCUGAUUGAUGGCAGCAGGGAAGGAUUUUAUCUUUAUCCUGAUGGGAGAAGUUAUAAUCCUGAUUUAACUGGAUUGUGUGAACCUACACCUCAUGAUCAUAUAAAAGUUACACAGGAACAAUAUGAAUUAUAUUGUGAAAUGGGCUCCACUUUUCAGCUCUGUAAAAUUUGUGCAGAGAAUGACAAAGAUGUCAAGAUUGAACCUUGUGGGCAUUUGAUGUGCACCUCUUGUCUUACAGCAUGGCAGGAGUCAGAUGGCCAGGGCUGCCCCUUCUGUCGUUGUGAAAUAAAAGGAACUGAGCCCAUAAUCGUGGACCCUUUUGAUCCAAGAGAUGAAGGCUCCAGGUGCUGCAGCAUCAUCGACCCCUUUGGCAUGCCGAUGCUCGACUUGGAUGAUGAUGAUGAUCGAGAAGAGUCCUUGAUGAUGAAUCGGUUGGCGAAUGUACGAAAGUGCACUGACAGGCAGAACUCACCUGUCACAUCACCAGGAUCCUCUCCUCUUGCCCAGAGAAGAAAGCCACAGCCUGACCCUCUCCAGAUCCCACAUCUAAGCCUGCCACCAGUGCCUCCUCGCUUGGACCUAAUUCAGAAAGGCAUAGUUCGGUCUCCCUGUGGCAGCCCGACUGGUUCACCAAAAUCUUCGCCUUGCAUGGUGAGAAAACAAGAUAAACCACUCCCAGCGCCACCUCCUCCCUUAAGAGAUCCUCCUCCUCCUCCCCCUGAAAGACCUCCUCCAAUCCCACCAGACAAUAGACUGAGUCGACACUUCCAUCAUGUGGAAAGUGUGCCUUCCAGAGACCAACCAAUGCCUCUUGAAGCCUGGUGCCCUCGGGACGUGUUUGGGGCUAAUCAGUUGGUGGGGUGUCGCCUUGUGGGGGAUGGUUCUCCAAAGCCUGGAGUCACAGCGAGUUCCAAUGUAAACGGAAGGCACAGUAGAAUGGGCUCUGAACCAGUACUUAUGCGGAAACACAGACGCCAUGAUUUGCCUUUAGAAGGAGCCAAGGUCUUUUCCAACGGUCACCUUGGAAGUGAAGAAUACGACGUUCCUCCCCGGCUUUCUCCUCCUCCCCCAGUCACCACCCUUCUCCCUAGCAUCAAGUGUACUGGUCCGUUAGCAAAUUCUAUUGCAGAGAAAGCAAGAGACCCAGUAGAGGAAGACGAUGAUGAAUACAAGAUUCCUUCAUCCCAUCCUAUUUCCCUGAAUUCUCAACCAUCUCAUUGUCAUAACGUAAAACCUCCUGUUCGGUCCUGUGAUAAUGGCCACUGUAUAUUGAAUGGAAUACAUGGUACAUCUUCAGAGAUGAAGAAAGCCAACAUCUCUGAGUUAGGCAUAUAUUUGAAGGGAGAUGUUUUUGAUUCAGCCUCUGAUGCAGUGCCAUUGCCACCUGCCAGGCCUCCAACUCGGGACAAUCCAAAGCAUGGUUCUUCACUCAACAGGACGCCCUCUGAUUAUGAUCUUCUCAUCCCUCCAUUAGGUGAAGAUGCUUUUGAUGCCCUCCCCCCAUCCCUCCCACCUCCUCCACCUCCUGCAAGGCACAGUCUCAUCGAACAUUCCAAACCAGCUGGCUCUGGUAGCCGACCAUCCUCAGGACAGGACCUUUUUCUUCUUCCUUCAGAUCCUUUUUUUGAUCCAGCAAGUGGCCAGGUUCCUCUGCCUCCUGCUAGGAGAUUACCAGGUGAAAAUGUCAAAUCCAGCAGAACAUCGCAGGACUAUGAUCAGCUUCCUUCAUCUUCAGAUGGUUCACAAGCACCAGCCAGACCCCCCAAACCACGACCCCGCAGGACUGCACCAGAAAUUCACCACAGAAAAUCCCAUGGGCCUGAAGCAGCAUUGGAAAAUGUUGAUGCAAAAAUUGCAAAACUCAUGGGAGAGGGUUAUGCCUUUGAAGAGGUGAAGAGAGCCUUAGAGAUAGCCCAGAAUAAUGUCGAAGUGGCCCGGAGCAUCCUCCGAGAAUUUGCCUUUCCUCCUCCAGUCUCCCCACGCCUGAAUCUAUAGCAGCCAGAACUGUCAGCGUCAAAGUGGAAAGCAGUCGACACAUAUUCCAGGAGCGUGGGAAUGAGAGAACUAGAUGGAAUUCAAGAGAGAAGCCGUCUCCUGUUCAGGCAUUGGAUUUGGAGGCUCAGGAGUGCAGCUUCUCAGGAGGCCGCCGCUUGCUCAGGAUGUCGACGGCCGUGGCUUCCUUGUUUUUGCUAGCCAUACUUUUUAAUCAGGGUUGAACUGACAAAAAUAAUUUAAAGACGUUUACUUCCCUUGAACUUUGAAUCUGUGAAAUGCUUUUCCUUGUUUACAAGUUGGCGAAGUUGCAGUUUGUUUUUGUUUGUAGAUUAGUUGAGUUUUGUUUUUUGAUACCUGUACUGUGUUCUUGACGGACCCUUCCUAGUGUGGUCAGGUCUGCUGUAACAUUGCCCACCAACUCUCUUGCUGUCCACAUCAACAGCUGAAUCACUUGCUCGUUUGAGCACUGCCAUCCACCCCUCACCCAGGUUCAGUGCCAUUUCUCCCAUUUACAUUUAAAGGUUCUGAUUUUCAGCUUCCCAGGCUAACACAGAGGGAAAAAAAAGUAUGUGUUCUUCACUACUGAGUUUCUUGUUUGGAAACCAUUGCUAUUGAGAGAUAGAGAAAACCUGAAUGUAUGAUGCAUUUAGUCAAACUGCCUUUUAUAAGGGGUUUUCACA